AUGGUUCUCUCGCACCCCGAAGACUCAGGCCCUUCUACUUGGAACCAAAGCAACGUGAUCGAAGACAUGAAGCAGCACUUUGAAAGUUGGGAUCCAAGCCUCGUCAAGGUCAUUUCUCUCAUUCGAACGACGCUCAAAUGGCCGCUGCUUUCGGGCAAGCCGCUCCGCAGAUGGCUUUCAACCCGUGGUAAUUUGCUGCUGAUUGGCGAUGCUGCGCAUAGCAUGGUGCCAUACAUGAGCGAAGGCGCAGCAAUGGCUGUAGAGGAUGGUGCCGCGCUUGCAGAAGUGUUAUCACUUGUUGAGUCACCGUCACAAAUUCGCUCAGCACUUGAAGUAUUCGAGCGUCAAAGGAUCCUACGAACCGGCCAGAUGCAGGAAGCUAGUCUUGUGAACGGGAAGCUAUGGCACUUUGCGGACGGGCCUGAACAAGAAGCGCGGGAUGCAGCUAUGAGGUCAGCGAUGGAUGGAGACGUUGGCGAGAGUCCGAAUCAGUUCAGUGACCCUGUGGCGGCACAGUGGACGUAUGGAUACGAUGCGGAAGUUGAGAUUAGAAAAGCGUGGACUAAUGAUCAAGCAGAUAAACCAAAGCUAUAG